AUGGAAAUAUGCAAGCCAAUGCUGACACCAAUUAAAGAAAGGUUAAAGCUUAUUAAAGAUGGUAGCGGUGAUUUUGUUGAUGCGACAAAUUUUAGAAGACUUGUUAGAAGCUUGAGGUACCUAACAGCAACUAGACCUGACAUUGUUUAUGGAGUUGGAAUUACAAAUAGUGAUUGGGCUGGAGAUACUAAGAAUCAAAAAAGCACUUCUAAUUACGUAUUUCAUCUUGUUUCUGAAGCAUUUUCUUGGUACUCAAACAAGCAACAAGUGGUGGCACUUUCAAUGGCAAAAGCAUAA